CACCAGCAGCUGAACCAGCACGGAUGUCACAUUGAAUAUUGUACAAGAGAAGAUCAGCACUUCAACAGCAGAUCCACAGUUAGUCAAGUACAGCACCUGUCCGGCUGUCUCUGUCCUCUCAGGAUGCCCUCAAAUAUUUAUUCUAAACCAGAAUCAUCAAAAAAGGUGAGAUACAACAGAAAUGAGCAAGAAGACGGAACAGGAUGGGACGAGAGGGAGGUGGAUAUCUAUGAGACCGUUGAUGAUGUUGGGAAUAAUCUUACUGUUCAGUCACAGGAAGAAGGACGACAGACUUGGAAGCAUCGUGCUCUUCAGAAAAUACCUGUCAGAGGUGCAACACUGUGUCGAGGAGUGUUGUGCACUGUGGUUUUAGUUGUGGUCGUCAUCUUGUUCAUAUACGCUCUUCUCGUCACCUUGGAGGUCAACCAGCUGAGGACCAAGCUCACGGAUAUGACUUUGGACAAAGAACAGCUGCAGAGGGAACACGACCAACUGAACAACACUUAUAAUCGGCAAAAAAAUGAACUUGACGGAGAGUGUCAUGGAUGGAGAAGAUUUGGAUGCAGUUUUUACAAAAAAUUCACUGAGAGUAAAACUUGGACUGAGAGCAGGAGGGAGUGUGAGAAAAGAGGAGCUGAUCUGGUGAUCAUAAACAGCAAAGAGGAGCAGGAUUUUGUGGGACAACUGUACACAAAUGAAACCUCCUGGAUUGGUCUGAAAGCUGAAUGGUUACCAAGUAAACAAAAAUUUGAAUGGAAAUGGGUGGACGGAUCACCACUGACAACAACGUAAGACAGUGUUUCUUUUACAAUUCCAUCAAAGUCAUUGUUUUCAAAUUGUUAACAGGUAAAACAGAAGAACAUGUUAAAAACUAUAUCAUCAUUAUUUCUGUAACACAUUUAUUUGAAUGAACAGCUGCGUGAAUAAUUUAUUGUUUCUUUCACAAAAACUCAAUGGAAGUCUGAUGAAAGAGACUUCAAACCUUAGUUCUCAACAGUUUUUAAAUAGUAUAUUUAGUUUGUGAUCAGCAGGAGAGAAGAGAUUUGUGGAAGAUGUGCAGACUGAGCUGCUUUCACUGGAAUAAAUGAAUGGAUACCAUGUUGGAGUAUUUAAUGAAGACCUCAUCCAACAUCUGGAAUCAGACCAAAAGUUCCUUGUGAUCUUUAAAAUGUGAACAUUGUGUAAAACAAUUAAAGAAGGUGUCAGUUUUAUCUGAAAAUGAAAAUAAUCUUGAUUUCCAUCUCAGCUGAACAUGUUGUUUUAAUACUUCACAGGUUCUUGACUGCAGGAUGGUCUCAAGAUCAGUAUAACAAACGUGCAUAUGCUGCACUGUGUUGUACUCAUGAAGGGAAAUGGACACAUUCACUUAACACUUCCACUAAUAACUGGAUCUGUGAGAAGAAAAUACAAGAUUUCAUUGUUGAAUCCUGAUAAGUUCAGAUAUCAUUUGGUCACUUUCCUUUAUUGUGUUUCAUGUGUCAUUUAUAAAUGUGGUGAUCCUGAACUUCAUCAUGUGUACAGGGUAGUGAAGCUGUCAUCAGAACUACAACUUGAUAAUGCUGGAGUAAAAUAUAAUUAUUAUAAAUAAGUAUAAAUGCAACUUUUCUUCAAUUUGUUUACUUGUGUUGUUUUAAUUUGAUAUGUGAUGAAUGAAAAGUUGUCAGUUAAAAUAAUUGUCUUUAUUCUGCUAAAUUUACAUAAACAUUUGUCCUCCUGCUUCAUUUUCACAAACAAAAGGCAAAGGGCCCGAUUUACUAAGAUCCUAAAUAAAGAGUACUAAAUUGCGUGUGCACUGAAAAAGUUUGCGCGUGCUGUUGUUGCGUGUUUUGCGAGUGAUCAACUAAGAUUGCGUGCGCAAUUGAUAACAGGUGCAAACUGCAGUAUUUAAAUGAGGUGUUGCACGUCUUACGGUUUGCGAGGGCAAACUCUGCGCCAUGGAGAGCCUGGAUGGAAAGCACAGUCACAAGUCACAAGCGCAAAAUGAAAUUUGACGAGUUGGAGUUGGAGAUAUUAGUGGAAGAGGCAAAUAAACACAUUCAUGAACUACAGCAAAGACAUUUAAACAUUACCAAAAGAAACGCAAUAUCGGAGAAAACCUGCGAUAGAAUAAAUGCAGUUGGUAACACAAAAAACGGAAAAACGUCUGGUUUUUCAUAUUUCAAUUUUAAGCACAGAUCAAAAAUACGAAAUAGAAAAACGGGCCACAAGACUGAAUUUGAUUUUAAUAUUUAAUUGGUCGGGUUUGCAUGACCCGGCGGUGCUCGGCAUGAUCUGAGGAGAAAAAGACACAGACACAGAGCUGGAGAGCGCUUUGAUUCAAUCAAUUUAUGAGUUAAGUUUUUAUUCAGAUGUCCACAGUAUAUUGCAAAUAUUAUAUAUUAUAUAGCAAACACUGACAGUAAAUGUGUGACAGAUGGGACCAUCAUAUGGCGAGAAGAGAAGAGAAAUGUUCAGAACAGCGCAGUACAGAGCGCACACUAAAGGCUGAUUUAUGGUUCCGCGUCACACCAACGCAGAACCGACGGCGUAGGCUACGCGGCGACGCACACCGCACCGCGACCAUAUACGCCGACGGCUACGCCGUCGAUUUAACGCAGAACCAUAAUUCAGGCGAAGCUGCAGUCUCUGCGCUGAUCCUGACACAGCGGGUCGGAGCGGAUUUGGUCAUGAUGUUUAACCUGUGUUUUGUGAUUAAUAAGCACGGGUUUUAAUUAAAUGUAAUUUACGAAGGAUGAUUUCACGUUCAAUAAGAUAAAUAAUCAAUAAAAUACAACGUUUUGGCACAAAGGCUUGGCCUGCUUGUGGGCGAGUGGAGGGGGGCACAUUAAAAGAAGAUAUAAGGCGAAAAACUAAAGAAAAAGUGGCCUUUAAUAAAACUUGUGCAACCAUUUUUAAAAUAGCAUGCAGCAGAAUAAAGACUCUCUCUCUGCGUAUUCUUUGAUUUUGGAUGUCGCCUCCUUGCCACAAUAACGGCAGCAGCAGAUUAGCACCUUCCUUUCGAACGUAUUAAAUACAGACGCAAUCACAAUACGCGCAACUACUUUCAGGCUUGGUAAAUCUCAUUGCGCGUGGUAAAUGGAGCAAUUUGCAUCUUCCCCUCCCAGUAUUUAGGAUUUCUGCCGGGUACGCCCCAUAUUGAUUAUUCAUCAGGGCAAAAGUACUAACUGAAUUGCGUGUGCAAUUUUGCGCAUUUCAGAGACGCAGUCGUCUUUGCACGCUGUUAGUAGAUCAGCUCGCACAUUGGUUUGCGGGUGCUGUCAAGUUUGCACACGUUUUAACACACGCAAACCUUUAGUAAAUCAGGCCCAAAGUGUAUUUCUGGAACAGAGGAAAAACCAUCAAUAAACAAGGAAACUUGCUGUUGGAUUAAAUGUUUCGGAUUAAAUGUUUCGGACACAAAGUCUGAAGUUACAAUUUAGUUGUUUUGAACACAAAACUGCUUAAAUUAAAGAUACUAAAAGACAAUAAACAUGAGGAUGAGCAAACUCUCUUUUUAAAAACAGACCUGAAUCUUUUAUUAACGUGUUUUUUGUCAGUUUGACAUCAAGUUUAUAUAAUGUUCACAAUUUUCAAAGAUUUGUAAAUAAAGACCUUAUCUUCAACUUCA